GUAGGCAGUCCUACAGGAGUACGGAACAGCAUGGACUGCUAACACUGUCACAACAUUCUCACAUCGCUGGUAAAACUCCUCGGUGGCGGAGUAACAAGAAACUGCACGGUCAAAACAACCCAAUGGAGACUAAGAUUUAGACAGAAGAGCUUUUCAUAAAGGAUCAUGCCUGGUGUCCGCAGCGGGAGGAGGCUCUCUGAUGGGCUGAUGCUGGAGCAAUCAGAGAAAGGACAAUUGGUCGUUUCCAGUGUUGUCGAUGGCUCCUUGGCCAAUCAGGGGCUGAAAGAAGGAGAUGAAAUUGUGGGUGCCACAAUCAACUUUGACCAACUGUCGAAAGACGAUGUGUUGAAAAUACUGAAGCUGAUGGAUGAUAAUGGAUUUGAUGAGAAGGUUCAAGUUCUGACGAAAAAUCAUUUGCGCAGGAGUAUGGGGACCUUGGACAGCAUCAAAGCACCAGAGGAGAUGUUGAAGGAUUCCUAUAACAGACUCAAUGCCAAAAUAAAGAGGUUCAUGAAGGAGGACAGCUCUGGACAACCUACAGCUUCUGGGGAAAGAUGCUCUCCUAACGCGCAGGUACCGAGACCUCUCUGGGCCAAGCCUGAUGUCAGAGGAACAGACUCUACAGUGACUCUCAAUACUCCUGGUGGAGAACUUUCGUUGCCUAAUGCCAACAUGAAUACAAGGGAUCUCUUCCUAGCUCAAUUUAAUGGGUCUAUAGAGGCUGAUCCUAAUGUCAAUAUCUCCAAUUUACCUUCAGUAGACCUUAAAGGUUCCAAAAUAGAUCUAGAAUUGCCAAAUUCAGACAUUGGCAUCCCAUCUGGGAAGAUCAAAACACCAAGUCUUGGUACGGCUGACUUUGCUAUAUCUGGACCAAGAUUUAGGAAUCCAGACCUGGACCUCUCAGUGGAUGAGAUGUGUGUAUCAGAUAUCAGUUUGCCUGACCUCAAUAGUCCAGAUAUUGACAUACCCCCAGGUAAAUUCAAACUAACGAAACCACAUGCAGAACUCAAAGCUUCUGAUUUUGAUGUGAAUGCCCCCUCUGGUAAACUGAAGAUGCCCAAAUGUGAUAAUGAUGUAAAAACACCAAAGCUAAAUCUCAAAGCUCCCAAGAUAAAAGGUGGACUUGAUGCACCUGACUUGGACUUACCCAAAGUCGACCUGAAAUCACCUAAAUUAGAUGUAAACACUCCAGAUAUUGACAUUGAUUCACCCACAGGGAAAUUGAAAAUGCCCAACUUGAAAAUGUCAACAUUUGGAAUGAAGGGGCCACAUAUUGACAAACAUGGAGAUAUAGAGGGACCAGACCUGAACUUGUCAUCUCCCCAACUUAAGGGUCCCAAAGCAGACCUCAACAUUCCAGAUGCUGAUAUUGGCCGCCCAUCAGGAAAAUUCAAAAUGCCAACUUUCAAGAUGCCAGAUUUAGGUUCCUCUGGACCAAAGGUUAAGGGGCCUGGCUUUGAUCUUUCAGCCCCCAAGUUUAAAGCUGGGAUUGAUGCCCCUGACAUGGAUUUACCAGACAUGGACCUCAAAGCCCCUAAAUUAGAUGUAAACACUCCAGAUAUUGACAUUGAUUCACCCACAGGGAAAUUGAAAAUGCCCAAAUUGAAAAUGUCAACAUUUGGAAUGAAGGGGCCACAUAUUGACAAACAUGGAGAUAUAGAGGGACCAGACCUGAACUUGUCAUCUCCUCAACUCAAGGGUCCCAAAGCAGAACUCAACAUUCCAGAUGCUGAUAUUGGCCGCCCAUCAGGAAAAUUCAAAAUGCCAACUUUCAAGAUGCCAGAUUUAGGUUCCUCUGGACCAAAGGUUAAGGGGCCUGGCUUUGAUCUUUCAGCCCCCAAGUUUAAAGCUGGGAUUGAUGCCCCUGACAUGGAUUUACCAGACAUGGACCUCAAAGCCCCUAAAUUAGAUGUAAACACUCCAGAUAUUGACAUUGAUUCACCCACAGGGAAAUUGAAAAUGCCCAAAUUGAAAAUGUCAACAUUUGGAAUGAAGGGGCCACAUAUUGACAAACAUGGAGAUAUAGAGGGACCAGACCUGAACUUGUCAUCUCCUCAACUCAAGGGUCCCAAAGCAGAACUCAACAUUCCAGAUGCUGAUAUUGGCCGCCCAUCAGGAAAAUUCAAAAUGCCAACUUUCAAGAUGCCAGAUUUAGGUUCCUCUGGACCAAAGGUUAAGGGGCCUGGCUUUGAUCUUUCAGCCCCCAAGUUUAAAGCUGGGAUUGAUGCCCCUGACAUGGAUUUACCAGACAUGGACCUCAAAGCCCCUAAAUUAGAUGUAAACACUCCAGAUAUUGACAUUGAUUCACCCACAGGGAAAUUGAAAAUGCCCAAAUUGAAAAUGUCAACAUUUGGAAUGAAGGGGCCACAUAUUGACAAACAUGGAGAUAUAGAGGGACCAGACCUGAACUUGUCAUCUCCUCAACUCAAGGGUCCCAAAGCAGAACUCAACAUUCCAGAUGCUGAUAUUGGCCGCCCAUCAGGAAAAUUCAAAAUGCCAACUUUCAAGAUGCCACAUUUAGGUUCCUCUGGACCAAAGUUUAAGGGGUCUGGCUUGGAUCUUUCAGCCCCCAAGUUUAAAGCUGGGAUUGAUGCCCCUGACAUGGAUUUACCAGACAUGGACCUCAAAGCCCCUAAAUUAGAUGUAAACACUCCAGAUAUUGACAUUGAUUCACCCACAGGGAAAUUGAAAAUGCCCAAAUUGAAAAUGUCAACAUUUGGAAUGAAGGGGCCACAUAUUGACAAACAUGGAGAUAUAGAGGGACCAGACCUGAACUUGUCAUCUCCUCAACUCAAGGGUCCCAAAGCAGAACUCAACAUUCCAGAUGCUGAUAUUGGCCGCCCAUCAGGAAAAUUCAAAAUGCCAACUUUCAAGAUGCCACAUUUAGGUUCCUCUGGACCAAAGUUUAAGGGGUCUGGCUUGGAUCUUUCAGCCCCCAAGUUUAACGCUGGGAUUGAUGCCCCUGACAUGGAUUUACCAGACAUGGACCUCAAAGCCCCUAAAUUAGAUGUAAACACUCCAGAUAUUGACAUUGAUUCACCCACAGGGAAAUUGAAAAUGCCCAAAUUGAAAAUGUCAACAUUUGGAAUGAAGGGGCCACAUAUUGACAAACAUGGAGAUAUAGAGGGACCAGACCUGAACUUGUCAUCUCCCAAACUCAAGGGUCCCAAAGCAGACCUCAACAUUCCAGAUGCUGAUAUUGGCAGUCCAUCAGGAAAAUUCAAAAUGCCAACUUUCAAGAUGCCAGAUUUAGGUUCCUCUGGACCAAAAGUUAAGGGGCCUGACUUGGAUCUUUCAGCCCCCAAGUUUAAAGGGGGAAUCAGUCCCCUCGAUCCGAAUCUGCCAGAUCUCAAAGGCCCCAAACUAGGCCUAAAUGCACCAGAUGUAAACUGUAAUAUGCCCUCAGGUAAAAUCAAAGUUCCUACAUUGAAGAAACCAAAGGUUGAUCUGAAUGCUCCUGAUCUGGACAUUGAUGGCCCCUCUGGUAAACUGAAAAUGCCCAAAUUUGGUCUGUCUGGUAAAAUGCCAAAAUCCACUAAACUUAAUCUCAAAGCCCCAAAGAUAAAGGGGGGAAUUGAUUCCCCAGACUUGAAUUUACCAGAUGCUGACCUCAAAGCCCCUAAACUAGAUAGAAAUUCCCCCGAUUUUGACAUCAAUGCAUCCUCUGGGAAAUUCAAAAUGCCUAAAUUCAAAAUGUCUAAAUUCAGAGGCCUAAAAAGACCAGAUGUUGACAUUGAUGGAGACUUAGAGGGCCCAGAUAUAGAUAUCAAUUCCCCCACAGCUAACCUCAAAGGUCCCAAAACAGGUCUAAAAAUGCCAGAUUUGAAGAUGCCUGAUUUCAGGCUAUCUGGGCCAAAUGUAGAUAAACCGAACUAUGACUUACCUGAUAUUGAUCUCUCAGCCCCAAAGCUAAAGGGAGGCAUCAAUCACCCAGAUUUGAAACUACCUAAAGGUAAAAUCAAAGGCCUAAAACUAGACCUCAAUGAUCCAGAUUUGGAUGUUGACGCUCCCUCAGGAAAACUGAAAAUGCCCAAAUUUGGACACUCAGGCACUAUGCCAAAAGGACCAAAUCUGGACAUAAAUGCAGGUGCGAAAUCACCAAAGUUCAGUCUAAAUAUGCCAAAGAUAAAAGCUGGAAUUGAUGCGCCUGACAUGGAUUUACCAGACAUGGACCUCAAAGCCUCUAAAUUAGAUGUAAACACUCCAGAUAUUGACAUUGAUUCACCCACAGGGAAAUUCAAAAUGCCGAAUUUGAAAAUGUCUACAUUUGGAAUGAAGGGGCCACACAUUGACAAAGUUGGAGAUAUAGAGGGACCAGACCUGAACUUGUCAUCUCCCAAACUCAAGGGUCCCAAAGCAGACCUCAACAUUCCAGAUGCUGAUAUUGGCAGUCCAUCAGGAAAACUCAAAAUGCCAACUUUCAAGAUGCCAGAUUUAGGUUCCUCUGGACCAAAGGUUAAGGGGACUGACUUGGAUCUUUCAGCCCCCAAGUUGAAAGGGGGAAUCAGUCCCCUAGAUCUGAAUCUGCCAGAUCUCAAAGGCCCCAAACUAGGCCUAAAUGCACCAGAUGUAAACUGUAAUAUGCCCUCAGGUAAAAUCAAAGUACCUACAUUGAAGAAACCAAAGGUUGAUCUGAAUGCUCCUGAUCUGGACAUUGAUGGCCCCUCUGGUAAACUGAAAAUGCCCAAAUUUGGGCUGUCUGGUAAAAUGCCAAAAUCCACAAAACUUAAUCUCAACGCCCCAAAGAUAAAGGGGGGAAUUGAUUCCCCAGACUUGAAUUUACCAGAUGCUGACCUCAAAGCCCCUAAACUAGAUGGAAAUGCCCCCGAUUUUGACAUCAAUGCACCUUCUGGGAAAUUGAAAAUGCCCAAAUUGAAAAUGCCUAAAUUCAGAGGCCUAAAGGGACCAGAUGUUGACAUAGAUGGAGACUUAGAGGGCCCAGAUAUAGAUAUCAAUUCCCCCACAGCUAACCUCAAAGGUCCCAAAACAGGUCUAAAAAUGCCUGAUUUGAAGAUGCCUGAUUUCAGGCUAUCUGGCCCUUAUGUAGAUAAACCUGACCAUGAUUUACCUGAUAUUGACUUCUCAGCCCCAAAGCUAAAAGGGGGCAUCAAUCCCACAGAUUUGAGACUACCUAAGGGUAAUCUCAAAGGGCCCAAAUUAGAUCUCAAUGCUCAAGAUUUUGAUGUUGAUGCUCCAUCUGGUAAACUGAAAAUGCCCAAAUUUGGGCUUUCAAGUACAAUGCCAAAAGGACCAAAUGUGGACAUAAAUGCAGGUGCGAAAUCACCAAAGUUCAGUCUACAAAUGCCAAAGAAUAAAGGUGGGAUUGAUGCCCCUGGUGUGGAUCUACCAGACAAUGACCUCAAAGCCCCUAAAUUAGAUGUAAACACUCCAGAUAUAGACAUUCAUUCACCCACAGGGAAAUUCAAAAUGCCCAAUCUGAAAAUGCCUAAAUUUGGAAUGAAAGGGCCAAAUAGUGAUCUAGAUGGAGAUAUAGAGGGACCAGACUUGAAUUUGUCAUCUCCCAAACUCAAGGGUCCCAAAGCAGACCUCAACAUUCCAGAUGCUGAUAUUGACAGUCCAUCAGGAAAAUUCAAAAUGCCAACUUUCAAGAUGCCAGAUUUGGGUUUAUCUGGACCAAAGUUUAAGGGGCCCGACUUAGAUCUUUCAGCCCCCACGUUUAAAGGGGGAAUUAGUCACCCAGAUUUGGAUCUGCCAGAUGUUGCCCUCAAAGGCCCCAAACUAGACCUCAAUGCACCAGAUGUAAACUUUAAUAUGCCCUCAGGUAAAGUCAAAGUACCUACAUUGAAGAAACCAAAGGUUGAUCUGAAUGCUCCUGAUAUGGACAUCGAUGGCCCCUCUGGUCACCUGAAAAUGCCCACAUUCUUGCUGCCUGGUACAAUGUCAAAAUCCCCAGUCUUGAGGCUCAAAGCUUCAAACAUUAAGGGGGGAAUUGAUGUUCCAGACAUGAAUUUACCAGAUGCUGACCUCAAAGCCCCUGAACUAGAUGUGAAUGCCCCAGAUCUUGACAUCAAUGAACCCUCUGGGAAAUUCAAAAUGCCCAAAUAUAAAAUGCUUAAAUUCAGCGACCUAAAGAGACCAGAUGUUGACAUUGUUGGAAACUUAGACCGCCCAGAUAUAGAUAUAAAUUCCCCCACAGCUAACCUCAAAGGUCCCAAAACAGGUCUAAAAAUUCCAGAUUUGAAGAUGCCUGAUUUUGGGCUAUCUGGGCCAAAUGUAGAUGAAUCUGACUAUGACUUACCUGAUAUUGACCUCUCAGCCCCAAAGCUAAAAGGGGGAAUCAGUCCCCCGGAUUUGAGAAUAUCUAAGGGUCAUCUCAAAAGCCCAAACUAGACCUCAAUGCUCCAGAUAUGCCCUCGGGUAGAUUCAGAGUUCCAACCAUAGAGAGGCCAAAUGGUAGCAUCAAAGCCCCAGAUUUUGACAUCAACACUCCUACAUUCAAAAUGCCUACAUUUGGGUUGUCUACACCAAAAUGACCAGAUCAUGAUAUCAGUGCUGACCUAGGUUAAAUUGUCAAAGAUGAAAGGUGGGAUUGGUUCACCAGAUCUGGACCUACCUACAAUUGACUUAAAAGCCCCUAACAUAGAUUUAAACACUCCAGAUAUUAACAUUGGCUCACCGUCUUGGAAAUUCAAAAUUCCUCACCUCAAAUGCCUAAAUGCGGGCCUUUCUGGUCUGAAAGGUCCAGAUGCUGGAAUAGAUGGAGACAUUGAGGGACCGGACCUGAGCUUGUCAACCCUGAAAGUAAACACAGGGAUUGGUAGUCCAGAUUUAGACAUAAAUGUUCCCUCUGGUAACCUCAAAGGCCCCCAAGCUGAUCUCAAUUUGCCAGACAGUAACGUUGCUAUACAAUCUCGAAAAUUCAAACUGCCGUUGUUAAAAUUGCCUCAGUUUGGAAGUCCCAAUUGAAGAGCAGUAUCAGCUAUGGACUUUAUGAAAACAAAUGACAUUUCUCCUCCAAAAGCUAAAGUGGAUCUAAAAGCACCAGACUUGAAAGUUAGUCACCCAGAUGUCAGCCUGAGCUUACCCAAAGCUGAUAUCAGAGGCCCAGAAUACAAAGUGUCAUCCCAUAGUAAACGCAGAUCUGAUAUCCCAGGUAGAGCGCAUAUAAAAGAUUUUGAAUGCCAGGUGGAGUAUAUAUAAAAGUGCCUGUUGGGAAGUCUAGGAAGGUCAAAGGUACGGCUAGUUAUCCCAUUGCAGAUAUUGACUUGCCAAAAGUUGAUUACCAAGUGUUUGGUGUGGAUAUCAGAGGUUCAGACCUUAACCUUGACGACCUCACAGUGAAAUUCUAAAUUCCCAAAUCCAAGACUUCUAAAUUGGGUAGUUAUACAAGAAUACCAGAUAUAGACUCAAGUCUUUCCAGUAUUAACACCUCAAUCCCUAUAUUCCCACCCCAAAGUGUGGAUUAGUGGUUUCAAUCUGAAAGCCCCAACUGGUGAAACCGGCAGAUAAAAAGAAAAGUCCAAAACAGUCUAAAAUUGUAGUCUGUGACAAAUUUGACUCGUGAUUCAAACCCCCAAAUUUCUGAAGAUCAAUAAUAUUUCAUCGCUGUACAGUAUUUCCCAAACAUGUCAAAGGGGAUGUACCAGACGGAACUGGGAGCCUGAGAAAUCGGCACAAGGAAGAGUCAAACCAUAGAUCUCAAACACUCAGAUGUCUCGAUUUCAGUGCAUCAAAUGUGGACCUUGAAGUUCCAGAAGAUGAGAACUUAAAAGGGUCAAAGCUUACCAAGCUUAUAUAGCAUUCAGACAACUGACUAAAUUUAGUUUUAGGCUUCUUUGAAUCACAAUCUUCUGUUGAAACAUAAUGCAGAAAACUUCUGUUACUAGCACUUAUUUGUACUUUUUAUGUAAAUUGAUUGGUGUUUGUUAUGAACAUGUUGAAAAUGUAUGUGUAAAGGGUUCUCAUUUUGUCUUUGGUUUUACAAAAUGGAUGAAAAGCUAUUUGAAAAUGUGUUUUUACUGUACACUUGCUGUUUUACACUCAUUUGUUUUAUCUUUAUAUUAAUGUAUUAACAGUAGGCCUUAUUUUCCAUAUUUUUGCAUUUGAAAUAACCUCUGGAAAAUUAAUUCUGUCAAGUAUGAUAAAACAUUUAACUCAA